AUGGCCAUCGAAAAACUCUAUUAUACUCCUGAUUCGAGUAGCCUGCAAGGACUGACCUAUGCAGAUGUGAUUCAACAGCUCCAGACCCGCAUAAAAGCAACUCAGGAGAGGCUGGAAGAAGUUGAAGCGGCCCUCAACCGCUGCCGGGAAUACAGUGCACAGGAUAUUGAGACGAUCAGCAGACAGCGUGUCAAAAUUAUUGAGCUGCAACACUUGGUCCAGAAACAGAAGAUCACAAUCAGCAACCAGAGCAAAGCCAUUGCAGACCCCAAGAGGAGUCGCAUUCGGCAGUCCACUAUCCCCAUGUCAAUAUUUCCUCUCACUCCCACUCAACAGCGCCCUACCGUAAGGUCUCCACGUUCAAGCACUCCCUCAUCAGCCAGCCCUUGCUUCCCAAGUGUCCUCACUCCCCCUCCUCCUGCGUUUGACAUGUCUGCUAGCACUCUACAGGACAAACGUAAGAGUCUGGAAGAGAGCUCCAAGACGUCACUUAGCCGCAAGAGGAGUAGUUUUCCGAUGAGUAUUUGUUCUCCAGGCUCUUCAUUCGAUACUGAAACAGUCAUUCGGGUGAUCUCGACCAGACUUCAAAGUCUUUUGUCAAGAACGCUGACGUUUGGCCACAUGUAUACCAACUUUCCUAGCGUUCAAUUUGACAGCCACUUGAACCCGCGGGUUAAGGAAUAUGUCAUGAGUAUCUCGGAUAAGAUCCAUGCGUCAACGUUGCUAGGAAAUCCAUGCACUCGGCUCUGCGUGGUUGCGAAAGGAAUUAACUUCUACCUCGUUCACAAUAUCUUGCAGCCGACAGUCGUCAAAGGGUUCGACGCUCACAUGGACAAGGAAAUCAAACAGCUACAGGAACACUUAACCAUAGAUACCCCUGCGGUGGUCCGCCAUUCGCUGCUCCUCACGAUCGCACACCACAUCCAGGCCGUGGUAAAGAAGCCGAGGUUUUCCGAAUUUAAUCAACACAACAUCCACUCUUAUAUGGAAAAGUUGUGGCCGCUCAUAGGUCCCCUUACUCAUGACCCCUUGAACCAAUAUCAGGUGGUCUGGAUGGAUCUUCAGGACAUUGUAACCGAGGCCCAGGCGCUCGCAGUGGAUCUAUAUUCGUUACCCUUUGAAUAUAGCUUCAAGUUUCCUGCGGUGAACGACAUUUUCGAGCCCAGUACAAUGGUGAAUUGUGAUCAAUUUAUGGGUGGGGACGCUCAGAGACUGAAGAAGGACCACACCCUUGUUCGUCUGGGCGUUACCCCAAGCAUUAGGAUCCAUGAUCAUUCCACGAGCCCUGCUGACGUCAGGCUGGUAGGCCUCGCGAAGGUACUGUUACGUCCUCCCCCAAGACGCUAUACUCAGCUUCUCAGUGAGAUGCAUGCGAAUCCUUCUCAGCGUUUUUACAUACUCCCUACUCUCCGGCGUGAACUCACCUUUUCCCCAUAUCUUCAAUUUGUCAAUGCCUCGACUCUCAUGAAUCUAACUCCGGCGAAGCGGGUCACAGUCCAGGUCCGGACUCUGGCUGAUCGUCGCAUUUCUCUGAUUCUACCAAAGCGUUUCUACACGUCGAAUCCCGCGAAUGCUGUGACUAACGACAACCGGGCAACCAAGAAGCCUGAAUUUCACGACUACUUUGUUACGCACUUACCAUCUUCCUCUCUUCAUCCAGAUCCCCGGGCGCCAGUCAACCCUUUCUACAAACUUCCUCGCUCCGCCUCCGUUCCUCAUACUGGAGAGUCAUCUCACCCCCCAGCCUUCCAGCCGCUCGUCGCCCGGGAGACGACUGUCGUCCGCAUCCCUCUUCGCAGCGCGAAACACCACUUCGGCGCCUCUACUUCCCGCGGAACUCGCCCGGAGAAUGAAGAUACAUAUCAAGCUGGCGUGAUCGACAUCCCUGCCUUUGCGAAGCGUCCCCCUGCGUCCCUGACGAUCAAACGAUCGGGUGCCAAUGGAUCCCCUGCACCCCGCGAGAGUCAAGGGGCGGAGACUGCUAGUGGCGAUCCACAGGUUUUCUAUUUCUCAGUAUUCGACGGCCACGGGGGGAACGAAUGUAGCACGUUUCUACAGCACACUCUUCAUGAGUACAUACAGGAUUCGGCAGCGAUGUUCGAGCUCCAGUCCAGUCUGAAGAAAAACCGGGAUGGCCAUUAUUCCAAGGACACAGAUCCGUCUACUGGGGAUUUGCCGAUUCUGCAAGACGGCAACUCGCACCGAAUCGGGGAACUAGAAAAACAACUCGUCCGAGAUUGGCGAACCAUAGUCGGAGGGUACUUCAAGAGAUUUGUGCCUCCUCACUUCUCACAUAUUGGAAGAGGUGCCCGCGGAGAGCCAAAGGCACUGUCCGAUCUACCUGAAGGUGUUACCAUCGAAGAGGUCCUCGAAUACGCCUUCCUCUGCGCCGAUCUGGAAUUUGUGUCGGCACAAGCGGCGAAACAAAGCGAUGAAUUGGAGAAUGUGGGUCAUCCUCUAUACCAGGACAAUAUCCUCUACGGCCGUGAUCGUACACCGUCUCUAAAUAUUGGGGGAGUAAGACGAUUCAAGGGAGGUAGCACGGCUAGCGUCGCACUCAUAUCUACCCCAACGCCGACCCCUUUCUGGCAUCCGUCUAGCCCAUCUAGUCUGUUGGUGUCUCAUGUCGGCGACACACGGAUACUAUUAUGCUCUACAGAGACAGGCGAAGCCAUCCCGCUGACUUCCAACCAUCAUCCGUCGUCACCGAUUGAGGCGAGUCGCUUACGACGAUAUGCCACUACCUUCGUGACUGACUCGUUUGGAGAGGAGCGCAUGAGCGGAUUGGCCAACACGCGAGCCUUUGGUGAUGUUCAGUCGAAACGGAUUGGCGUAUCAGCCGAGCCAGAGCUCCGAAGGAUUGAGAUGGCACCUGCGGAGUACUCAUUUUUGGUCCUCAUGUCGGAUGGCAUCAGUGGAACGCUCGGUGACCAAGAAGUCGUUGACAUCGUCAAGGAGGCCAGGACUCCCGAGCAGGGGUCUCGGGAUGUGGUCAACUUUGCGAACGAAGUGACCAAGGAGGGAGACAAUGCUACCUGCCUUGUCGUCCGACUAGGCGGUUGGGAACGACGACUUGAGGGCGGUUUGGGAAGCAUGGGAACGAAGGAAUCUCGAGAAUGGCGCCGACAAGAAGCGACUGAUCCGCGUCGGUCACGGCGAUGA